UGAUAAAAAUUUCUUCAAUAAUGUCAUAACAGCGCGUGCUGCCUUUUGCGAAAGUGUCUGGCAACGAUAUAUAUACUAGACAAGAUGCAUGGAAUGUCAUUUCACGAUGGCGUCCAGGAAACUAUUUUGUUUAAAGGCUGGAUCAUAAAUAACGCGGAAGGAAUGAUCGGUUCUGUAAUCGGUGUCAUUCUUUUAACCGCAUUGUAUGAAGGGCUAAAAUCUUAUCGUGAGUAUCUCUUCGCACGCACGACGUUUCUCAGAAAGAAUCAGCAGAAGAAAUCAAGAAAUGCAUUGUUGUUUUCCGGAGUACAUUUCUUUCAAACGUUUUUGCACGUGAUCCAAGUGGUGCUCGGCUAUUUUCUCAUGUUUAUUUUUAUGACGUACAACUAUUGGCUUUGCAUCGCUAUCGGAGCUGGGACAGCUCUCGGAUAUUGGUUAUUUGCAUGGGAUAAAACUAAUAAUGACAAUACGGACUGUUGUUCAUAAAUAUAUUUUACAAAUACUAAAGU